GCAACCUAGACGGCACUUACGACAUCAUAUUGCACAGACGGCUGUUCGGCGCAAUAUGAAUGUUGGAGCCAUGAUCCUCCUCUUGCCAUUGUUUCUAAGGAAACUCUGGAGUCGCAACUUUCCACCUUGAUCCAAAUCAAUUCAAUCCCAAUAUCUAUUCUCCCUGCCAUAAUGCAUCCUUCAGACCAACCCCUCACCGAGAAACGCUCCAAAUGGAAGCUCUUUGGAAAGGACAAAGACAAGGACAAGCGCAAGAGCGGGGACGUAUCCGCCCUACCGGUGGCAGAUACUGGCGACUCGGCGUACGGUACUGGCAGUGAGCCCAACAAUUCUAUGACGACCGAAGGCUUGUCCAAUGCCUCGAGAAGCACCAGUGGCUUGCACCUCAAUGCUCCAAAUCCAGGCCAAGGCCACCCUCUCAACACCAACGGCUCGCGCCUUAACGUGCCCACUACCGGCAACGCACCCAUCGAAGCUAAUGCAUCUAUUCCAGCCAACGUGCCUGAAUUGAGCCGCGGCCCUCAGACGAGCAGAGAGGGACCAUCCUCUCACACAAGUCCGACGAUCAAGCAAGAGACACACACGAAUCCAAACACUGGCCAGACCGUGACAACUACGACGACUACUACAACGACAACUACGACGGUCACUGGCCCCAAUGGGGUGAGCUCGAGCAUCACGGAGCCCCGGUCUGGCGUCUCAGAACUGGCCACCGGCACCGAACCUGAAGCACAACAGACGCAACCAAAUGUGCAGCCCACGCAUUCCCCGCAACCGACACAACCUACGCAUCCUACACAUCCUACACAAAAUCCACAGCCCACGCAACAAACAGAUGCCAGGUUGACAGAGCCUUCGCCGAUUGAACCCCAACCAGACCAUGCGGCGCGAUCUCGACGGCGUAGCUUAGAAACGCCGGGCCGCCGCGUAAUACCAGCUCGUGAUUCCGUACCGUCAGUCCCGCCCCUGAAUACGACAGAGCCGAGCCCCGCCAUACCCGAGCGCAACAUGGCACGGAGAUCUUUCGAUAGUCCUUCGCGAGCCACACAAAAUCAAAGCUUUAGCUAUCCGGGGCGAAACGAGCCACCGCAGGAGAUCAAUGACUAUCCCAAGCGCAAGCCCGUUCCUACACAGCAGGUGCAGCCGCAGACACAGACGCAGACGCAGAUGCAGACGCAGACACCAAUUGGACAUCAGACACACCCGACGUUCGAAAACCUGAAAUUAGCUGCUGCUGGUAUACAUGGAGCCGGCGAGACUCUUCGCGGAACACUCAACUCCACCGUCGACCGACGAUUCUCCAAGAAUACCCAGGUGCAAGAGAAGAAUCAGGCCACCAUCGAGGCCGGACGAUAUGAGAUCGAAAACAGACGGUUCUACCACCCGAACGAUGUCGGACAAAUAUCGCCACAGGGACAAUCACAAGGUCACGGACAUCCAGCGCAAAAUACUAGUUCUGUACCCCAACAGCAGCAGCAGCAGCACGAUAUGGAACACCCUGACGGCAGCAGUUCUUCGUAUGCAUGGGGUGACAAAUCAGGGCUAAUCAGUGGCAGGCUGGGUAGCCUGAUAAACAAGGCGACAGGUCGUGCUUCGGCGCGAACCCCCGAAGUGGUGGAAGAAGAGCCACGGGAACGGGCGAGGCUGAGGAAACGGAGCAGUUAUGGAUUGGGGGCUGUCAGGGAGUAAGUCUCCGCAGAAACAAAUAUGAAAACCUGAUUUUGAUCUUUAAACAGGGAAUCGAGAACGCCUACUGCUU